UAUCUAGGUGGGGGAGGGGAUGAGCAGCCUUUCCACUGGGAAGUUCGGUUGUGUACCGCUGCUCCUGCAGGGAGAAAAAAAAAAACCUAUUAUAAAAAUAGCCUGUUAACAUUCUGCCAUAGGUGGAAAGCCUGGUUAUUAUGUUUGGAAGCAUUUACGCGACGUUUUUCUGUCGAUAUUCCGUCUUUUUUGGAGGAUUUCGGCUACUUACAGAGCAAGAAGUGAAGAUUCCGCGGAAGGAUACAGAUCACUGAAAUGGGAAACAUGAUACUUCUGUUGUUUCUGCUGCUGCACCUGCCAACAGAGCUGCUGUCCAUUCAGGUGGUCGUCCCAGAGACUGAGAGGUCAACAACGCUGUUUGGCUCUGUGACAAUCCACUGCGACUACUCAACAUCAGCCAACCCUCAGGAGGUCCUCGUCUCAUGGAAGUUCAAGUCCUUUUGUAAAGAUCCGGUCUUGGAGUAUUACUCCACAGCUUAUCAGGCGGCUCUGCAGCUCGGUCAGGAUCCUGCCAAUGACUGUCCAGACAGCCAGCGAACAGUUCGCACUGUCAUCCAGAAGAGGGGAAUCAAUCAGCCAAUGCUGGGAGCAGAGUACAAAAAUCGCAGAAUCACAAUUCAGAACAAUGCAGAUUUAGUGAUAAAUGAGGUGAUGUGGUGGGAUAACGGCAUGUACUACUGCAGCAUCGAGGCUCCUGGGGACACUACGGGUGACUCGGAUCGAGAAGUCAGGCUCAUUGUUUACCACUGGCUCACUGUCCUGUUCAUCAUCAUCGGCGCAUUGUUGCUCAUUAUGCUCUUCUGCAUAUGCUGCUGUCAGUGCUGCCCACAAAAGUGCUGCUGCUAUGUCCGCUGUCCCUGUUGUCCUCAGACCUGCUGUUGUCCUGAAAAAGCGGUAAUGCAGCACCGGAUGCUGAAAGAAGCUCAGAAAGCCAUGGGUCCCUGGAUGAACGGUCAGCCUAUUUACACAAACAUCAGCAAUGCCUCCUCCCAGGGUGUUCCCUUGCUCUAUUCUGUCCCAGCUUCCAUAUCAGACUACUCAACGAAACAAAACCUCUCUAUGACUCCCAUGCAUUUGGCACCAAUGGCCCCGCAGCAGCAGCACCACACUUCACAUCCACAAUACAUGGCGAACAGCAGCCUUCGAAGUAGCGUUCAAGGAGCCAACCCAAUGUUGGACUAUCUGGAGAACCAGGUGAGAGGACUUGAUGUGAGCCCUCCUCAAAUGGCACCACACAAUGUUCGAAACAUGACGCCUUCGCAGCCCCGUCUGCAGCCUCAACCCUCUCCUCCAGCGGUGCCCUACGCCCCUGGCCCGCCCAGCAUGUUAUCAGCUCUGGACGAGAUGGGGGUGAGGGGGAUGGAGAGAAGGGUGAUCACUCUGCCUCCAAUCAUCCAGCGAGUCCCCAGCUUUUCCUCCCGCAGGGACACAGCUGGAGGAAAUGGGGCCAGGGGGUAUCCAAGAAUGUCCAGUCAGUCUAGUGGCAGCACCAACCGCUCAGGAGGGGGCCAACAGCGAGACAGACAUAGGUACAGAAGCAGGGACGACCCUCCUCCAAGAAGGGGGAUACUGCGUGAAUACAGUGACGAUUCAGACUGGGAUAACCAGGGAGGAAGAGCAACGCAUGGGGGGUCGAGGAACGAGAGGAGAGGGCGAGGGUCCAGGCCACGCACCCGAAGCCGUGACGACCUAAUGGAGGAGCUGCAUAGCAGAUCAGCAAGGAGAGAGAGGAGCUACUCCCCUCCUCGGCACCGCACAAGGUCCUGGAGCUCUGAUGAGGAGGUCAGCACCAGGAGGAAAGGACGCAAAGUGAAGGAUUGGCCAGAAAAACCUCCCAGCUACUACUCCAGUGAGGUCCAGCCUGGUCGCAGGAACUACGACCGUCUUUCUGAUAGAGGCUCCCAUAGCAGUACCAGCGUAGUCAUCUGAAACAUUUCUUAUUUUUUCCUCACUGUUUCCACAUCGGUGAAAUGAAGGCGUUUGAAGCUGCAGCUGUUUAACGAACUGAAGUAAACUGCUUUACAGGCAGUGUGUGUAAUAUGUGCAUAUUUGAACUGCACUUCCAUUGUGUGUAAUUACUGCUAUAUAAAGAAAACCAUGUUCAUUUCCAUUUAAAUUAGCUGGUUAUGUGAAUCUUUUAUGUAUUGUCUGUGUGUGCAUAUUUCUGUGGUGAAAGACAUUAUCUUAAGAAUGAUUUAAAUCUAUAGUUUUCACAAAUUUUUAAACAUGCAUGUAUGACUAUAACAGCGCCUUCACAUCAGACCUGAUUCCAAUUGGCAGUUCUAGACAGGGGCCAGUGGGUCUAUAGAACUGGUCCUGGACCCCAUUAAGGCCCCUUUACUACUACAUAAUACAACAUUUAUUAAAAAUAAAUUAUAUGUUCUGGGAAAAAAACUGCUACGGAAAAGUCAGUUUAAUCAUUUUUUAUUUUAGUUUUAUUUGAUUUAUGAUUUAAAAAAUUAAGUAGUUGCCUUUUUAGCUUCGAUAAUCCCUAUAAGAUCACUAGUUUUGUCUUCUAGAUAUGAAGUUUCCAGACUUGCAAAUGGCUGGUUUGCUUGAUAUAUUAAGUGAACCAAAGAACAUCUCACUUUUUUUGGUUCCAUUCUUUUAUUCUGUGCCCCCAUUUAAAAAUAAAAAAAAAUGGCCCACCAUGGCCUCCCUGGUAAAUUUGUUCUCAAACCGCCACUGGUGAUUGCAGUGACAAAAUCUCCCCAUUUAGAUGCUGUGACUCUCCUGUCAUGUAGACAGCAGUUUGACAAACUCCACUCCAGCUGUUACACCCACAGCUUUAAAUUGAAGGAGCUUCUACCUCCUGCUAAGCAUGGAGGACCUGACGUGACGCUGCAAACAAAGGGAGCUGUUUGACAUUCCUUACUUCAGACUAUGUCGACAUUUAUUUUUUUUCUAUCUUUAAUGUUAAUUGACAAAAUGUUUAGUUUCCAAUGUGCUCUUUCACUCUGUCACAGCCUCAUCAGCACUGAUAGUUUGUGUCAACGCAACAAGACACAGAAGUUCAGUUUCUCCAACUCCAGGAACUGUUGCUUCCCAUCCAUCAUAGGUGUCAUGUUCCUCCUGUCUCACUGUAAUUCCCAAAAUCGUGCCUGUUGCAUCUCUAGAAACCCUGCCUGUUGCAAUUCAAUGUUCAGUGCAAAUGCAAAACUCCACAGCUGCAGUAGAAAGCAGAAGAAAAAAAACUCUAAAAUACUGUAUAAAUGUGAUCUUACCUAAUCAUUUCUUUUGUAAUUGAUGAAGUGAUGUAUAAGAUAUGUUUUAAUAAACUUUUUAGACAGAACUGGA